AGAAAUGUGGAGACUGGUGAGAGAAAAUGAGAAGGAGAGAGAAAUAAAACUUUAAUAAGCAGCUGAGCUGACAGACAUCCAGUAGUAUUCUAUUCCAGUCCAUGAGCAUCAGAGCAUAGAUGUUUCUGAAGAGUGAAGAGUGUGAAGAGUGUGAAGAGUGAAGCUGUCCUUGUACGCAUUCGACGUCUGCCUCGUAAUCUACAAAUCUUUCGUCGUCGUCUUUGAAUCCAUCGAUUAACCUCCUGGCUGCAGAUCGAUACCCAAGAGCAAUUGAGACGGAAAUCAGGAAGAGCGAGCAGACCAUGGAUCCGUGCCCAUUUGUUCGAGUCAUCGUUGAGGGGCUCGCUCUAAAACUACCAGUCGCCAGCAAGCACGCCGGGUCAGAAGUACACCCUUCUACUACCCCAUGCUUCUGCAAACUCCGUCUUAAAAACUUCUCAUCCCAAACUGCUAUCCUCCCUCUUUCCACCACCCCCGGCGACUCCCCACCGGAGUCCACCACCUCUUCCGCCGGGUUCCACCUUGAUCCCCUCUUCCUCCGGCGUCUCUCCGGCAAGCAGACCACACUCCAUGUCUCGGUAUACACCGGCCGCAUGAGUCGCACGUGCGGGAUUAGCUCAGCGAAGUUGCUGGGCCGGGUUCACAUGACCUUCAACCUCCAAGGUACCGAGCAUCGCACUUGUAUGUUCCAGAACGGGUGGAUGAAGCUGGGCAAAGACUCCGAUAAGUCAUCGGCUCGGUUGCACCUUGUGAUUCGAUCGGAACCGGAUCCACGUUUCGUGUUUCAAUUUGGUGGCGAGCCGGAGUGCAGCCCGGUAGUUUUUCAGAUCCAGGGGAAUAUCAGGCAACCGGUCUUCAGUUGCAAGUUUAGUGCUGAUCGGAAUUCGAGAUCCCGAUCUCUGCGACUAGAUUCCAACAACAGGGGUGGAGGAUGGAUGAAAUCCUUUUCGAAGGAGAGAGACAGGCUGGGGAGGGAGAGAAAAGGGUGGAUGAUAAUGAUAUAUGAUCUGUCAGGUUCCCCUGUGGCCGCUGCAUCCAUGAUAACACCCUUUGUCCCCUCCCCAGGUUCAGACCGAGUGUCGCGCUCCAACCCCGGCGCUUGGCUCAUCCUCCGUCCUCAGGGGUUUUCUGUCAGCAGCUGGAAGCCAUGGGGACGUCUGGAGGCCUGGCGUGAGAGAGGACCCGCUGAUGGCCUUGGCUACAAAUUCGAGCUUGUCACUGACACCGGCACUAACACUGGGGUUCCCUUUGCUGAAUCCACCAUGAGUGUUCGGAAGGGUGGCCAAUUUUGCAUUGAUACCAAUUUGGUUGGAGAUACUGCAUCCAGCUCGUCGUCAUCUCGUAGAGGAUUUGUAAUGGGUUCCACAGUGGAAGGUGAAGGGAAGGUCAGUAAGCCAGUGGUUCAAGUAGGAGUGCAGCAUGUAAAGAGCACGGCCGAUGCCGCCCUCUUUGUUGCGCUUUCUGCAGCAAUCGACCUUAGCAUGGAUGCCUGCAGGCUGUUUUCACGUAAACUGAGAAAAGAGCUCUGCCGUUACCAGCAAGAGUACCUUUCUUAAUUAAUUAAGAAAUAAUUUUUGUCAUCGGGAGCUUGUAUUAACAGGUUCGAAUACACAAUAUAUGAUCCAUUAUUCGUUCUUUCCCUUUUGGCCCUUCUUUUCAGUUUUCAACACUUGGUUUUACAUUGAAGGGUGGCCUCUGGUUUGGUUUUGGGGGCUCUCUUUAAGUGUUGAUUAUUUAUGAUUUUGGUCUCCUAAAUCACA